GAAGAAGGGACGAGAGAGAGAGAGAGAGAAAGGAAAGGAAAGGAAAGGAAAGGAAAGAAAGAGGAGUUAUUGCACUUUGCUAGUUAAAUAAGCAACUAAAAUACAAACUCAUUUUGUUUUGCGCUGUAAGUUGACAUUAUUGUUUUCUUUCCCAUUUGUUGAACGUUCUCAGGAAGUUUUCGGAGAAAUAUACAACAAUAAUUUUCGGUAUUUUAUUUUAUUGAGCGGUGUUUUUUUUUUUAACUUUACGCGUCUGUGUUUGGAAGUUUCUCUGACGUUAUGUCGAAAAAGAGACACACUUCAGGAUUUUAACUUCAACAAACUCGCCUGAAGCUUCACCGUUUCCGGACAGUGCUUCGUUUCCACGGUAACGGAGCGCGCGCCGGGCGGAUGUGUGCGCGCCGCCAUUUUGCGCACAGGUGCCGCUGUUAAACCGAAGCGAAGGAGCUCGUGCGCGGGUUUUUGAAUGCCGUUGCGCGGAGUUUGCUGGUGGCUGUGCUGCACGCGAGGCUUCCGCUUGUUGGGGCGCGAGCAUGGAGGAAGAGAAGAGGAGGAGGAGGAAGAGGAGGAGGAAGAGUCCUUCGAGUUGCGCAAUAAGGAGGAGUGCGCGCGCCGCGAACACAUCAAACCGGGCCAACUGGAAGUGACUCUUUCACAGCCGUCUCGAUCAGCCAAUGGCACGCCCAGCCUGUCAGGUGUGUCAGAGGACAAACUGAUAAACGAGGGGAAAGUGAAGAUGGAGGACGACCCGGAGGUCCUCGUUAAGGGCUGGCUGCUGCGCGAGGUUCAGGCUGGUUGGAUCCGAUACAGGAGGUUCUGGUUCACUCUGACCGCAGACUCACUGGAGUGUUACAGCGGCCCAGAGAAAGACGCCCGCACUGUGGGCAUGCUCGUCCUCACCUCGCUCUGCUCCGUCCUCUGGCCCGACAAACACACCUACAAACAGACCGGUUACUGGAGUUUGACUGUGUUUGGGCGGAAACACUGCUACAAGCUCUUUACGAAACACUUUAACGAGGCGGUGCACUGGGCGUGUGCGGUACAGAAGGUCAUCGACAGCAAAGCGCCAGUGGAGACGCCGACUCAGCUCCUUAUCCGCGACAUAGAGGAGAACAAGUUUAACCCCGAGGUGGUGGAGCACAUCUAUCAACACAACCCCAUCCUGAUGUACACACAGAGUCCUCUCUAUGCUCCUCUGCUGCCUUUCCCCUACGGCAGCCUGGACCACUUGCAUCUAGGUGGUAAAGGCUACGUGUCUGUGCGAGAGGAAGCCGUCCGACUCUUUAACUGCGUGCAGCAGCUGGAGUCGGCGCGAGAUCCCGUCCCUCUGAUCCAGGGCGUCCUGCAAACCUGCCUCGACCUCCGACCCCUGAGGGACGAGCUCUACUGCCAGCUCAUCAAACAGACCAGCAUCACACACACUCACUCACGCACGGACACGCAGACGCAGAGCGGCGCCCGGUUGCGCUACUGGCAGCUCCUGACCUGCGCCAGCUGCACCUUCCUGCCCAGCAGCCCCGUGCUCCGAUACCUGCGCUUCCACCUCAAAAGGGUGCAGAGUGUGUGUGUGGACUCGGAGGUGGAGAGCUACGCCUCGUUCAUCGCCCAGGCUCUGGAGAAAACACGCUGCCGUGAGUGUGUGCCGUCCUGGGAGGAGAUCCAGGGACUGAUGAUGCGACAGGAGAUGGUGUGUACCGUGCACUACCCUGGGCCAGGCUGCUGCAGGAUUCCCAUCAGCUCACACACUACUGCUAAUGAGGUGGUGAGGAAGGUGGCGGAGCGUCUCGGCCUGCAGCACAGCCGCAACACUUUCGCUCUCUUCGAGCAGAAAGACUCCUGGGAAAGAGCGAUCGGGGGCGGCACCAUCAUCGCCGAUGUCAUCACCAGGUUUGAAAAUCUGUCAGCGAAGGAGCCAGACCCAGAGUGUGAGUGGAGGCUGUGCUUUAAACUCUACUGCCUUCUGGAUACAGACAGCAUCAGCACAGACAGCAUCGAAUACCUGUUCCUUUACGAGCAGUGCCAUGAGAUGGUGGUACGAGGUCAGCUUCCCGUAUGCGAGGAGGACCUGCUGUCUCUGGCUGCUCUCAGGCUGCAGGCUCUGCUCGGAGAUUACGGCUCGUUGGCUCCGUACCCGGCGCUCGAGCAGCUCUACCCAACACGGGCGCUGGAGAACCGGGCACUGCUUCCUCCUGCCGAGGCUCCCGGGUGUCCUCCGUUCCCUGCCGGACUCCUAGGGGCGCUGUGGGGUCAGAAGCGGCGCGAAGGACAGGAGCAGAGACAGCGUGCCAGGCUGCGAGACGAGGCCACGGCUCUGUCGAGCAGCAUCAUGGAGAGGUGGAAGUCUCUGUCCGGGUACAGCCGCGCAGACAGCAUGGCCGCCUACCUCACCAUCGCGCGCCAGUGGCCAGGCUUCGGGUGCACGCUGUACGAAGUCGACUUCUAUAUGAGUUCGAGCGGGAGUUUCUCUCAGCGUCUCUGGCUGGGCGUCGCCGCUUCCUGCGUGUCCCUGUAUCGCCCGGGCGAGGCCGAGGCGCUCGAGUCGCUCCCCAUCACGCAGAUCUGCUCGUACGGCGUCUCCGAUAGCAACACCUUUACCAUCACUGCCACCGACCGCCACCUGCUGUUUCACACCUCCGAGCUGACUGAGAUCAUGCAGCUCAUGAAUGCCUACUUCAGUGCCACCCGACGCCAGCUGGCCAAGGACGACUGCAUCACCAUGGAAACCAGCUCCAAACUCCGCCCCUCCCUCCUGGAACUGCCCUCUCACCCGGUUUGAAGAGACACGCAGCCGAUUCUAAAGCUCCGCCCACCCUGUCCGAGACGUAGAGACUCGAUCCGUCCCGAGACAAACGAGAGCAAGACAGGAUGGACGACGGCCAAACAUCCCAGAAUUCCAAGCACGCUCCCGGCCUGGCUGACGAAAAGCCUGAGAGAAACUCGGCUGAAUACACACACUGUGAGACACAAUCGGCAGAGAACUCAAACCAUCCUCCGUAUGAACUACAAAGUGCAUUAUGGGAUUUACAGACCCCUUGCCACGGUGCAUUAUGGGAUUUCACAACUGCACUUCAGACUGGUACAAUGACAAGUGCACUAUCGAGUGGAUAGGGUGCAAUUUGAGACACGCAGUGUGGGUGCACGUUCAAACCAAAGCUUCUUUAGUUUGUUUGUAUUCCUCCCCCAAACAAACAGUCUCCAUUACGUAUAGAGAGGCAGCCAUUUUGUAUCUCGGAAACGUGAUUUCUGGAAGUCUGCUUCAGAGCCGACAUGAUGGCGGUAUUCGAGCAGGUGGAACCAGAAGUCAUUUUUUAAGAGAAAAUAAGAAACGCAAAAUUUCCCACAGGACGUCAUCGUUUGCUGUCUGCUUCCAGUUUUCAGGGAAAAGGACAAAAAAAAUAAAAAAUCCAGGCCUCAUUACUCGACUCACAUGAAGGCUUACGUCACGCAUAUGUAGGAUUUCUGUAGGAUUAACAGCAGCACAUAACCUUCACCUAAAUCAUCUAAGCAUCUGCUGAGUUCAUCAUCAUCAUUUCGCUUUUUAUAAUCUGUAUAAUUGCUAUUAUGUUACUUUUUUAUUUAUGGAUGUCUUUUUUUUUUUAUUACUUGUUUUUAUAUCUCCUUAAGACGACGUGUACAAGUGUAUUUUAUUCCUUUAUUACUCACACAGGGCCCGGGAAUCAUCAGUCCCGAUGUAUAUAGUUUGUAGUAGAUUUCUUUUAAUCUGUAUCGAGAGGGCUUCCCGAAAAUAAGCAUCCGGAUCGCAAGAAAUCAAACCACAAUCAGCAUUUAUUUCAAUACGGACCAAAUGUAUUACGGUGAUCAGAACACAUCGGAGGGUUUUUUUUUGUUGUCCUAAAAUAACCGGUGAACUCUCAUGUGAAGCUCACGUCGAGUUCGUUUUUUUGUUCUGCUGUGCCUCAGAGAGACUUGCCACCUGUGCCUGUAACUAAUAAUAAUUUGAUUCUAUAGUCAAGAGUCAAAACAAGUUCAUUCCCAAGAACUGUUAUUUUUUUCAGAGACAGAAUAAAAAAAGUGAAUAUUUAAGUUACAGUGGCGCUUGAAAGUUUGUGAACCCUUUAGAAUUUUCUAUAUUUCUGCAUAAAUAUGACCAAAAAGUAGAUAAAGAGAACCCAGUUAAACAAAUGAGACAAAAAUAUUAUACUUGGUCAUUUAUUUAUUGAGGAAAAUGAUCCAAUAUUACAUAUCUGUGAGCGGCGAAAGUACGUGAAGCUUUGAUUUCAGUAUCUGGUGUGACCCCCUUGUGCAGCAAUAACUGCAACUAAACGUUUGCAGUAACUGUUGAUCAGUCCUGCACACCGGCUUGGAGGAAUUUUAGCCCGUUCCACCAUACAGAACAGCUUCAACUCUGGGAUGUUGGUGGGUUUCCUCACAUGAACUGCUCGCUUCAGGUCCUUCCACAACAUUUCCAUUGGAUUAAGGUCAGGACUUUGACUUGGCCAUUCCAAAACAUUAACUUUAUUCUUCUUUAGCCAUUCUUUGGUAGAACGACUUGUGUGCUUAGGGUCGUUGUCUUGCUGCAUGACCCACCUUCUCUUGAGAUUCAGUUCAUGGACAGAUGUCCUGACAUUUUCCUUUAGAAUUCGCUGGUAUAAUUCAGAAUUCAUUGUUCCAUCAAUGAUGGCAAGCCGUCCUGGCUCAGAUGCAGCAAAACAGGCCCAAACCAUGAUACUACCACCACCAUGUUUCACAGAUGGGAUAAGGUCCUUAUGCUGGAAUGCAGUGUUUUCCUUUCUCCAAACAUAACGCUUCUCAUUUAAACCCAAAAGUUCUAUUUUGUUCUCAUCCAUCCGCAAAACAUUUUUCCAAUAGCCUUCUGGCUUGUCCACAUGUUCUUUGUGGAGAGCAGUGGCUUUCUCCUUGCAACCCUGCCAUGCACACCAUUGUUGUUCAGUGUUCUCCUGAUGGUGGACUCAUGAACAUUAACAUUAGCCAAUGUGAGAGAGGCCUUCAGUUGCUUAGAAAUUACCCUGGGGUCCUUUGUGACCUCACCGACUAUUACGCGCCUUGCUCUUGGAGUGAUCUUUGUUGGUCGACCACUCCUGGGGAGGGUAACGAUGGUCUUGAAUUUCUUCCAUUUGUACACAAUCUGUCUGACUGUGGAUUGGUGGAGUCCAAACUCUUUAGAGAUGGUUUUGUAACCUUUUCCAGCCUGAUGAGCUUCAACAACGCUUUUUCCGAGGUCCUCAGAAAUCUCCUUUGUUCGUGCCAUGAUACACUUCCACAAACGUGUUGUGAAGAUCAGAGUUUGAUAGAUCCCUGUUCUUUAAAUAAAACAGGAAAGCAUCUGACUCCAAUUUCACCUUCAAAUUAACUGCUAAUCCUAGAGGUUCACAUACUUUUGCCACUCUCAGAUAUGUAAUAUUGGAUCAUUUUCCUCAAUAAAUAAAUGACCAAGUAUAAUACUUUUGAGCCCUGUGAUGACCUGGCGACUUGUCCAGGGUGUACCCCGCCUUUCGCCCGUAGUCAGCUGGGAUAGGCUCCAGCUUGCCUGUGACCCUGUAGAACAGGAUAAAGCGGCUAGAGAUAAUGAGAUGAGAUGAUACUUUUGUCUCAUUUGUUUAACUGGGUUCUCUUUAUCUACUUUUUGGACUUGUGUGAAAAUCUGAUGUUUUAGGUCAUAUUUAUGCAGAAAUAGAGAAAAUUCUAAAGGGUUCACAAACUUUCAAGCACCACUGUAGCUAUCAGCCAUGUACGACGAGAUUAAGUGGAAUAACUUUUAUUCUAUCCACAUUCACUGGAUUUUGAGAAACAGAGCAUUUUUCGCAAAUUCGAUAAAUAAAAACUUUAUACAAAACGUCCCGACAAUUUCCGCUUAGAAUGUAAACAAACCGGUGAAAUGACGGUAACAAUUUGUGAAAAACUGCUAUAAAUAUUUCGUGAAAAAAAAAAUGUUCGUACCAUCAAAUACUUUUAUUCCAUAUUUUGUUUUCAAGUAGAGUUUUUAUUUCGUCCACGGUUGGUUUUCUUCUUCUUUAGGGUUUUUUGGCGGUUGGCAAACCAAUUUAUAGGCGCAUUACUGCCACCGACCGGGCUGGAGUGUGGAACAGGGGGGAGAAAAAAAAACUCACCUAUAACCUUUUAGCGCUUUGUUUCUUUUAAAUAGUUGAUGACAAAGUGACACAUCUGACCUGAUGCGCUCCACCAUUUUGUUUUUCUCUACUCACGGUAUAUAAGCUGAUAUCCUGGUGGUAGAGUAGCCAAUCAGAACACACGAUUGCUCAUAUCCAGUGGCCGUGGAUAGAAUAAUUCUUAAUCGUGUUAAAAUCAGUACGAUUGAAAGCUCAUGGAUGAAAAGAGCAUCACACUUCAAACCUGACAGUGAAAAUAAAAGUGCCAACAAAAUCACAUUGUGCCAUAUUAGUGAGAUAAAAGAUCUGUUUUUAACAUCAGUGUAUUGUGAUGUAAUGUAUCACAAUAUCACCAUUAGCGUCACAGCACCCAGCUCUAGUUAUUAAUCAUCAUCACGAUCUACUGUAUAAAUUCUAUCCAAACCUACUUUGGCUAUCUACUGAAAUAAAAACAGUUCUUGCUGUAAUUUUUUUUUGGACAGGACUCCUGUGUGCAAGUCGUUUCGUUCCUUUUACGUGUAAAAACGUCACUCUCUUGCCACAGCGCCCCCCAUCACCGCUCUCCAUGCAUCACUCAAGCAGCUGCAGGCAGCUCCGCCCACCGUCUUCAAGCUUCACGCCACAUACGCGAACACAGUGUUGAGUGAGGAUGCUGCAGGGUACAGCGCCGUGCCGCGCGUCUGUAGCCAGUUGCACUAUUUUCUGUACAGCUAAUGUGAAUGUGCAAUAAUAAAGAAUGGAGGUAGAAACUGUAUGUGAUUAAAUAAUAAAGGCAGCACCAUUGGA